CCCCCAGCCCGGGCCAUGGCGGAGCGCGGAGGAGCCGGCGGAGGCACCGCGGCCGGGGCCGGGGGCUUCGGGGGCGCGGGGCCGCGAGGCCCCGGGGCCGCCCAGUCCCCGCCGCCGACGCCGCCCCAGGCCCCGCAACCCCCGACCCCGGCCGCGGCUCCGGCCGCCGCGUCCGCGACCUCCACGUUGGCGGCCGCCCAGUCCUCGUCCAUCUCGGCCUCCGGGCCUGGGGCCUCGGGCCCCGCUGCCCCUGGUCCCGGCCCCGCCGGCGCUCCCGGCAGGCCCCCCGCCGCCAGCCCCGCGCCCGCCCCGGUGCAGAUGAACCUGUACGCCACCUGGGAGGUGGACCGGAGCUCGGCCAGCUGCGUGCCCAGGCUGUUCAACCUGACCCUGAAGAAGCUCGUCAUGCUGAAGGAGAUGGACAAAGACCUGAGCUCGGUGGUCAUCGCGGUGAAGCUGCAGGGCUCCAAAAGGAUCCUUCGGUCCAAUGAGAUCCUCCUUCCGGCCAGCGGCCUGGCAGAGACGGAGCUUCAGCUGACCUUCUCCCUCCAGUACCCUCACUUCCUGAAGCGCGACGCCAACAAGCUGCAGAUCAUGCUGCAGAGGAGGAAGCGCUACAAGAACCGCACGAUCCUGGGCUACAAGACGCUGGCCGUGGGGCUGAUCAACAUGGCGGAGGUCAUGCAGCACCCCAGCGAAGGCGCCCUCGUGCUCGGCCUGCACAGCAACGUGAAGGACGUCUCCGUCCCCGUGGCCGAGAUCAAGAUCUACUCGCUGUCGAGCCAGCCCAUCGACCAGGAGGGGAUCAAGUCCAAGUUGUCCGACCGUUCUCCCGACAUCGACAAUUACUCGGAGGAGGAGGAAGAGAGCUUCUCGUCGGAGCAGGAGGGGAGCGAUGACCCUUUGCACGGCCAGGACCUGUUCUACGAGGACGAGGAUCUCCGUAAAGUGAAGAAGACGCGGAGAAAACUGACCUCGGCUUCGGCCAUCACGCGGCAACCCAACAUCAAGCAGAAGUUUGUGGCGCUGCUGAAGAGGUUCAAAGUCUCGGACGAGGUGGGCUUCGGGCUGGAGCACGUGUCCCGGGAGCAGAUCCGGGAAGUGGAAGAGGACCUGGAUGAGCUUUAUGACAGCCUGGAGAUGUACAACCCCAGCGACAGCGGGCCCGAGAUGGAGGAGACCGAGAGCGUCCUGAGCACCCCCAAGCCCAAGCUCAAACCCUUCUUUGAGGGGAUGUCCCAGUCCAGCUCCCAGACGGAGAUCGGCAGCCUCAACAGUAAAGGCAGCCUGGGCAAGGACGCCAGCAGCCCUAUGGAGCUGACGGCUCUGGACAGAGUCAAAGCCACUUCCUGGAUCAAGAACCCGGACGACAGCCUGGCCGAGAACGACCUUCUGGACAUCAGCGACCAGGAUGUGUUUGGAGACGGCAGCAACACGCUGGUGGUGCCCGAGAAAGUCAAAACCCCCAUGAAGUCGGGCAAGGCGGAUCUGCAGGGCUCCGCCUCCCCCAGCAAAAUGGACGGCGUGCACACCCCCCGGCAGAAGAGGAGCACCCCCCUGAAGGAGCGGCAGCUCUCCAAGCCUCUGAGCGAGCGGACCAACAGCUCGGACAGCGAGCGCUCUCCCGACCUCGGCCACAGCAGCCAGAUCCCGAGGAAGGUGGUGUACGACCAGCUGAAUCAGAUCCUGGUGUCGGACGCGGCCCUGCCCGAGAACGUCAUCCUGGUGAACACUGCCGACUGGCAGGGCCAGUAUGUGGCAGAGUUGCUUCAGGAUCAGCGCCGGCCCGUGGUGUGCACGUGCUCCACCGUGGAAGUCCAGGCCGUGCUCUCCGCCCUGCUCACUCGCAUCCAGAGAUACUGCAACUGCAACUCCUCCAUGCCGAGGCCCGUGAAGGUGGUGGCCGUGGGCGGGCAGAGCUACCUGAGCUCCAUCCUCCGCUUCUUCGUCAAGGCCCUGGCCAACAAGACGUCCGACUGGCUGGGCUACAUGCGCUUCCUCAUCGUCCCCCUCGGCUCUCACCCUGUGGCCAAGUACAUCGGCUCGGUGGACAGCAGGUACAGCAGCGCCUUCCUCGACCCGGCCUGGAGGGACCUGUUCAGUCGCUCGGAGCCCCCGGUUUCAGAGUCCCUGGACGUGGUGGGCCGCGUGAUGCAGUACGUGAGCGGGGCCGGAGUGACGCACCAGCUGCCGGUGGCGGAGGCCAUGCUGACCUGCAGACACAAAUUCCAAGAUGAAGAUUCCUACCAGAAGUUCAUUCCCUUCAUCGGGGUGGUCAAAGUGGGGCUGGUGGAGGACUCCCCUCUCACAGCAGGUGACGGGGACGAUGUGCCUGCGGUCAGCCUCACGGUCCCUUCCACAUCGCCGCCCUCCAGCUCCGGCCUGAGCCGCGACGCCUCGGCCACGCCCCCUUCGUCCCCCUCCAUGAGCAACGCCCUGGCGGUGGUCGGGAGCCCCAACAGCCCGUACGGGGACGUCAUCGGCCUGCAGGUCGACUACUGGCUGGCGCACCCCGGGGAGCGGCGGCGGGAGGGCGAGAAGAGGGACGCCAGCUCCAAGAACACCCUCAAGAGCGUCUUCCGCUCGGUGCAGGUGUCCCGGCUGCCCCACGGCAACGAGGCGCAGCAGUCCAGCACCAUGGCCAUGACUGUGGUCACCAAGGAGAAGAACAAGAAAGUGCCCACCAUCUUCCUGAGCAAGAAGCCUCGAGAGAAGGAGGUAGACUCCAAGAGCCAGGUCAUCGAGGGCAUCAGUCGCCUCAUCUGCUCGGCCAAGCAGCAGCAGACCAUGCUGAGAGUGUCCAUUGAUGGCGUGGAAUGGAGCGACAUCAAGUUUUUCCAGCUGGCCGCCCAGUGGCCCACCCACGUCAAGCAUUUCCCAGUGGGCCUGUUCAGCAGCAGCAAGCCCACCUGAGCGCCACCUCCCGGCCAAGGACCCCCUGUUCUCCCUUUGUGUCGUCUGCUGGUCCGGGGCACCUCCUGGAGGGGGGGGCACCAGCAGGCCUGGGGCCUGAGGGUCCCCUUCCCUUGUUCACCGCCCCCCCGGGGAAGCUGGUCACUCCCCCCACCCUCCUGUCUCCUCGCCCUCCUCACUUGGGCCCUGAGCCUCCUUCUCAGGCAGCCGUCAAUCACUGGAAUUGAAGCCGACUCCCCCGAAGGGGCCCCUUGGUCGGACCCCGCCCCCAGCCCCGGAGCCCCAGCCCACCCGAGAGUCCCCGGGCUCUCCGCAUUCAAGGCCGCCGUCUCCCAAAGUGACUUGGGCCCCUCCAGGCUCGGGGCCCCGGGGGGAGCCGGCCAUUUGCCAGAGUCGGUCCACUGCCCUCCCCUCCUCCCAGCGUCAUCUUCAAGCCCCCCAGAUGGAGGCGGGGAGGGCUGGGCACCGAGGGAAGGGCCCCCCCAGCGUCCCCAGAAGCGUCCGUGUCGAUGUUGUGCGUGUGUCCUCGAGAGCUCGUUGGCUCCCGUUCCCCGCCGGCCCGGCCCGGCCUGGCCCCUCCUGUUCGCUGUGACUCCCGUGCACUCCAGCCCCUGUGGCCCCGACGCUCCUGCCCGCCACGCAGCCCCCCGGCCCGGCCUCCGCCCCAAAGAGCAGCCUCCCAGGCUGGGCUGAGCCCCAGCCUCCCUUCCUCCACCCCAGAGUCCGGGCGCCGGGGCCACAGAAGUCAGUCCCGAGCCUCUGUCCCAGAGGUGUCACCCCGGCCCCGCCCCCACGGCCCUCUCCCCUGUCCGCCGUCCAGAGCACCUUGCCCGGGCCUCGCGCCUGGGGCCGUGGCUGGGGGGGAGUUGCUGUUGGAUUUUUCAUUCAAUAAACUGGUGAUUUCUUA